AGAAGUAACAAUGGCUGCGCACAAAUUAUUCUAGUCUAGUUAUUUAACUUUAGGUUUAUUUAUAGUUAAUAAUAUUGUAGUAAUUUAAGUAGAAAUUGUCAUUUUCAAAAGAUAAAAUGUUAGGAAAACAUUUUAUGAAAACAGAACGAAGCGAUUCCCGCAUUUGUUUUAGGAAUUGAAAUGUUUCUACAGGGUCGCGUUAUAAUUGUUUGGUUGUCUUGGCUCAUCGGUGGGAUUUGUGGAGUGUUUAUUUUGCUCAUUAUUAUAUGUUACUGUCGCCUAAUGCCGCGUCAUCAGAAAUCUUUCGACGAACAAUACUUAAAAGAAACUUAUGCUAUCAAAGAGAACCAUGCAUACGCCAGUCAAGAAAAUUAUAAAAUAAAACAUGCAGAGGUGCAGGUGUCGCGGCACGGGCGGCCGGCCAGCUACGCGGGCGACGAGUGGCGCCGCGCCCGCCCGCCGCCAGCCCCCGCGCCCGCGCCCGCCCCAACUCGUGACGCCGCCCCGCCCUACGCCUCCAGUACCAUGCUCGACGAAAUUGAUAAUGCGGCGAACAUCGAUGCACUGAAAACUCGAUCUCUGCCUGCUUUCCUUCGGCCUAAGCCCCGACCACUAUCUACGGAAGACGAUUUACAACAGCUAUACGCUAAGGUAAAUCUAAGCAAGAAGUAUAAGAACCGCAUGCGCAGCGAGCACGCCGCCAUCAUCGCGCUGAGCAAGUCUCACAGCCAGUUCUUCGACGCCGACGCCGUCAUCGUGUACGACCAACGUACUGCCCUUUAAACACACUCUUACAAUGUGGCAAUCACAAUAGACAAAUAGCAUUUGAUACUACUAGUGAGGCUCAUACGAUUCUCUAUAUUUCAUUGUCGGUUUUUCUCAACUCUGCAAGUUAAAAUGUAUCAAAUCCUAAACCACUGGCAGCACCAGCAUUAUCCAUGUACUUGGUCGAUCAGUUAAGCUAAAUAGUAUCUACAAGCGGUAAAUUGCAAUCACACGAGUUGGAGAGUCCCGAAAGUAUAUCUUGACUUCCAAACGCGGGCACAUCAGUAGAGUACCCUAGCCAUCGAUUUUAAUACACUUUUUAUGCUUAGCUGAUACUUACUCCGCUGGCUCAGCUACCGAAAGUAAAUCUUGGCAUUUGACAGCGAUGACGCCACUGAUCACCGUUUCCUGACCUUCCAGCUUGAAUAGAUUCUUGAUGACCAGGGCCGCCCAGCUCUUUCGCGAGUUUGCCUUGUCACAAGACAAUCCUAUGUAUAUUUAAAGGUACACCACGCUUUGUUUCACUAACAGUGGAAGGCAUGGAUAAGGUGACUUCAGAAACCUAGGCGUCUUUUUCAGUGCUUUAUUGUUAUUUCCUUGUCACAACCAAGAUGGGAAUGGGUGCACUAAUAACAUCUAUAUCUCCCUGUCUCUUAAGUGAAAGAUACUUGAUUUGACAUUGAUUUAUAUAAAAUUUAUAAAAGCCUACCUAAAUGCAUAUCACAAAAUAAAAGUUGCUUUAAAUUAUGCUGCAGAGAUAAAUCAGGUAGUUCGACAAUUUAUUUCAAUAAACUUAGUAAAUAAGGUAUCUUGUCCAUUUAUAAAAAGAAACUUUCUGUGACGUUAAUAUUGGCAAAAUGUGAUUAUGAAAUUGUGUGAUAUACUUUAAAAACGAAAUGGUGGCCUAAAUUUAAAGAAAAAAUUAGGUACAGUCGCGUACAGCUGUAUUUUAUCACGUGUAUUUUUAUGGUAAUUAGAUUAAAUAUUUGGUGAGGACGUGAACGUGUUUGUCUAUUUAAGUAGUUAAUGCUCAUGUUAAUAUAUGUAUAAUGUUAAAAAUAUUAAUUGUUGAUUGAUAGAUCGGCGAUAUUCAUAAUAAUGUUUCAUACUUAGUAAGUUGAUAAUGAAUGACUGAUAAGAUGGUGAAAUACAUGCGAAUGUAUUAUAUGUAAUGGAUAUGUAAUAAGGAUUUGUAGGGAAAUUUUUGAUGUUACAUAAUUAAUUACGAUAAGUUGUCCAGUGUUGUGUGAAUAAUGUACGUGACUGUAUCUUUAUAUUCUAUUGUAAUUUUAAGUUAUGAUUAUUUCACUCAUUUGUCAGUUGAUAAAGAUUUUAUAUAAUUUUUUAUUGCUAUCCAUUUGAUACAAAAUUAAAAGUGAAUCAAGUCAGCCUUGUUAAUCUGUAGAUUCAUUCAAUUUUGUCUAACUUCUAAUAGGCAAUAUCUUUUGCCAGGAAAAAUAAAAUUUCAACAACCAUGCUUUGUAGAGCGGCACUUAUUACGAAUACGUACUUACAUGAUAUGAGGUCCCCUAGUAGCGGUAGCAAUUUUUCAAAGAAUUAUGUAUUCGUAACUGUGUUUUACAGAAUGAUUAAAACUACAAUUUGUUUAUGACAAGUAAACGUUUUAUAAUCGAAUUCAUUAACAUUGUUUUAUUUAAACAACAUUAGUUAUUAUUCACUAUCUGCAAUUAAUCUAAACGUGAAUUUAGUUCUCGUAAACAUAAUACUAAAAACUAAGAAUAAGACUAAAAGUAAACGUUGGCAGUGAACGAACUAAAAUAAUAUCUUACGAAAUAUUUUUAAUAACUACACCACACCAUAGAUAAAUGAUUGGUGUCGCUACAUAGCGAGACUAAACAUUUACCUAUGAACUAUACCUAAUACAUUGUUAUUGAUGGCUCAAUUACACUUGGUCGUUAUCCCGAAUACGAUUGCUAAUGGAAUUCGGGUAAAAGACUAAGUGUAAAUGAACGGAGUCGAGUAGUUUUCGUUUUGGUUACCCGACACUGUCUGCCAGCCCGUAUUCCAGUGUAAAUAUUGCUUCGGGUGUGCCCGAAUUCGAGUAAUGUCUUUCGUGCAGCCGAAUACGGGCUAACGGCCAAGUGUAAUUGAGCCAUUAGGGUUCCUAUAUAAUUUUAAAACAUUAAUAUUUAGCCCACAAACACAAUUCAAACUUUAAAACACAAUUCAAACUAGGUAAGUAAUUAAAAUCGAUCUGUAGUAGAAAAUUAUAACGAAAAAGUUACUUUUGUAACUUAUAAGCUAGGCUAGCUGCUUAAGUAAUUAUUAUCUUUUUCAGUCAAUACGAUGAUUAAGUCGUGAGUGAGUCAUGGAAAAUAAAGCUAAAAUCCAAUAUUUUUUCUGGUUUUGGAUGGCCUUCAACCACUUGUGUAGCUGACUGUACAUAUUUUAUUAAAGACAUUUGAGUGUGACCAAUGUACAAUAGAUUUAGAAAUGUAGUUUAUUUUCUUCAGCCUCCUAAAAAUAUUAAUAGAAAACUUUUAUACCGAGAUGGUGGACUUUUGUCCGAGAGUUCAUAAUAAGGUAAAUAGAGUGCAACCGAGAUCCUGUGACGCGUAGCCGAAAUCGGAACUAAUUUUUAGAACCUAAAGAAAAUAUUACUAGAAAAAAAUUCUACGCGUACCAGGCAGCAGACGGGACUCAAACCUGCACCCUUCGCUAUCCGGGCGAAUGCACUGCCCAUUAGGCUACCGCUGCCUUGAUGGCUGUCGAAUUCUUUCUAGUCUUUCUUAAGCUCCAAGGCAGCGCCAUUUCUUUGCAUUGUAGGUAACCCACAAUUUCAAAUGAAUACUUUUACAAGUAUUCAACAUUUGAAAGAAGAAAUAGCAAUUAUAGUUAUAAUUUUUUUUAAGCAAGUAACUGCUCGAUGUUGUUCGAGUCUCGUCUGCUGCCUGGUACGCAUGGAAUGUUUUCUAGUAAUAUAUUCUGUAGAUUUAAACAUCGAGCAGCUACAUGCUUAAAAAAUAAAAAUUAUACCUAACUAAUUUUAAGCCAUUUUUAUUUUUUAUUACUUUUUUAGUUAUUAUAAAUAAGGUAUUUGACAGUAUUGAAAAUAAAGUGCCAUCUGUAUAUAGAAUGAAUAUUGGCAAGAGUUUUUAUUAUUUUUACAGAAAAAAUAUUCAUAAUUUUACUAAAAACCCAAAGAUAAUAGUUUUCUUGUCUAUUGUCACGUGACCCAAAAUGCUUGGGAUUGGUGGAGCCUAAAAUGACGGCACACACAAGUAAACUUCCGGUUAAAGUGACAUUUGAUGGUAUGGUUUGACGUUUUAAUGACAGUCGUGUGACGUCACACACCAGUGAGACGCCAUAUUGUCCAGAGAUACGUUUUUCGCGGCAACUUGAAAAUAGAGUUUUAAUUUGUUUUUUUUUAUUCCGAAAUACACAACAUAAUGAUGAAUAUCUUUUUAUGGACUCUAUAAACAUUUGUAGAUAACGUGAGAUCGUUUUCUAAAACUUGUCAA